UGAACCGAAAAGAAUUCUUUGAAGGAAAGAUGUAUAGCUUUAACAACGCUCUUCGACAUUUGAGAAGGAUCAGUUUGAGUUAAGAAAGCUUGCUGUUUAAAGAGGAAGAUGCCACACUCGAGACGAAAGAGUGCAAGCAAAACAAUGCCCAAACUCACUAUACUUGCAAGCAACCCUUCUCCCCUCCACCUGAGUGAGCAACACCGAUUGCUCUGGGUAUAAAUGAGGGAGAUCAAAUGCUAGUAGCAGGUACUUCAAAGCAGCAACGAUGGCAGCAGAAGCCCAGCAGUCCACUGACAAGAUGAUCAACUCAUCCUCCUCCAAGGCCCCCAGAGAUGCUGCCCCGACCAUAGGAGACAGGGCCUUCAAAGGAGCAGGAGACCUCAUCAAACUCCUCCCGAGCGGGACUGUCUUCCUGUUCCAGUUCCUCAGCCCUCUCCUGACCAACACAGGCCACUGCAGCACCGUGAACAAGUACUUGACCGGCGUCCUCCUCUUCGUCUGCGGCUUCUCCUGCUGCUUCUCCUCCUUCACCGACAGCUACGUCGAGGACGAUGGCAGGAUCUACUACGGCGUGGUGACCAAGAACGGGCUGUGGCUCUUCUCCGACCCCAAAGCCGGCACAAGGGACCUGUCCAAGUACAAGCUGAGAAUGGCGGACUUCGUCCACGCCUCCCUCGCGCUGGUGGUGUUCGCGGUGGUAGCGCUGCUGGACGACAACACGGUGUCGUGCUUCUACCCGUCGUUGGUUUCGAAGGAGAAGACGCUGGUCAUGGUGUUGCCUCCGCUAGUGGGCGGCGUCGCCAGCUUCAUCUUCAUGCUCUUCCCCAACAGAAGGCACGGAAUCGGGUACCCUCCAUCGGGAACCACCACCAAGGACUCUUGAGUGAUGCCAAGAAGACAAAAGUGGCGUUACAUACAGUCCGAGUCCCUUCAAGUAAACUACUGCUCUGUCUCGCGUCUUUAGAGAAGGAGAAGGAGAAGGAUCCUCUCCUUUUCCUCUUCUGAUUUGUUGGUUUAUUGUGUGCGCGCCACAAACACCUCCUCAUCAGUUCAUCUUCCGCAAUCAAUAUUGGUUUCUACUA